AUGCAUAUCCCUGCGCCUGCACAGACGAAGGAGCAUCUCAUCAUCAUCCAAGAUGCGCGCGAUACAGCGUCUCUUCCACUCGAACCACCCUCGUAUGCAAAUUCGCCCACUGCAGCGCCUCAUUCUCCUGCUUCAUCAGAUGCCUCCUUGAGCGAGGAACAACAGACUACACCUCACAGCCCAUACCCACUCCUCAUCCAACAAUACGCACUACUAUGCUCUAACUCACUACCCUCGGUCGACGCCGCCCUAGGCGACAUCAUCGCCGAAGACCUCGCAGAUAGCAUGGGUACCUCCUUCUCCCUUUACGAGGCUAUCCUCUACCACUGGUUCCCUGAUUUCUCCAUCGCGCGCUACCUGCCCGUACCCUACGGCGGCUCCACGCUUGACCUCGCCGUCACGCGCCGGCACACCUACACGUGCACCGUAGGCGAGCACCCAGACCUGCUCAGUAACUCGUACUACUCCUACAGCCACGAGGUGGGGAACUUUCCUGAGGGCGAGCCCAUCGCCUUCAUCAAGCUCUUCGAGCCCGACACAUUCGACUCUGAUAUGGUGCGCGCCGAAUCCCUCGCGCUCACGCUCGACGCGCACGCCGAGAUCGCGCCCUAUCUGCCCAGCCCGUCCAGCGGGAAGGGGUGCACGCUCGUUGUGUGCGCAUUUGGGAGGCGCUGGCGGGCGCGCCUGAUGUCGACGAUGCUGUCGGGAGAUCUUACCGAGAUCAUGCCGGACUCGGAAGACGAUACGGGGUGGAUGGAGGAUAUAGUGAGCGAGGCUAGUUAUGAGGUUAUGGAGAGGUUGGUGCGCCGCUUGUUAGCUAGGCAGUGUUGUGAGUGUAGGAGGGGUGAUGAUGCGCUGUUUUGA